AUGGCGCGAUAUUCGAAAGUCUUAGCUAUCACGGCAGCUUUGUUGCUCCCCUGUGCCUCGGCACAGUUCGUAUCUGCCCCAACCGACUUGAUCACGAAGAAGGGCCAUGCGGGAAUCAACGUGCGAUACAAGGAAGUCCCGGCUGGAAUCUGCGAGCAGGAUCCCAAUGUCAAGAGCUAUUCUGGAUAUGCUGAUGUUGGCGAAAAUGAGCAUAUCUUUUGGUGGUUCUUCGAAGCCAGAAAUGAAGAUCCAAAAAAGGCACCACUCACCGUCUGGAUCAAUGGUGGACCAGGUUCAUCUUCCAUGAUUGGACUAUUCCAAGAAUUGGGACCCUGUGGUGUCGAUUCCGACGGCAACGCCUACAACAACCCGUACUCAUGGUCCAACGCAAGCAACAUGCUCUUUAUCGACCAGCCAACCACUGUCGGCCUUUCAUACUCGAUUCCCGUCCCCGCAUAUCAAGAUAGCGAUGGCAACAUCAUCCAAUUGCCCGACGAAACAUGCCCGGACUACGCCGAAGAGGUUGGCACAUGUGGCACAUACUCCAAGUCAGACAUUAGCCUCGUGCCAAACACGACCCAAGGAGCAGCCCCGAACAUGUGGAAGACUCUGCAGGGUUUCAUGGGCGCAUUCCCUAACUACUCGCGCAAUGGCUUCUCCUUCACGACGGAGAGUUACGGCGGUCACUACGGGCCCGUGUUCAACGAAUACUUCCUCCAACAAAACGCCAAAAAGAUCCCCGGCGCAAUCAACAUCAACCUCGAAAACGUCCUCAUCGGAAACGGCUGGUUCGACCCCCUAAUCCAAUACCAAGCCUACUACAAUUACUCCAUCUACCCGGGAAACACCUACGACUACGACCCGUACAACGCCACCAUAAAAGCAGAAUGGUACAAUAACCUCUACGGCCCCGGAAACUGCGUCGACCAAACGAAGCAAUGUUACGCAACGGGUCGCAAUGAUAUCUGCGCCACCGCGGAUAGUUUCUGCGCGAACAAGGUCGAGGAGAUGUUUGAUAUUUACUCGGGACGGGAUGAGUACGAUAUGCGCGAAUUGACGCCGGAUCCGUUCCCGUAUGAGUUUUACGUGGACUAUUUGAAUAGUCCCAAGGUGCAGGAGGCUAUUGGGGCGUAUCAGAAUUUCUCCGAGUAUUCGUAUACGGUGGGGAAUGCGUUUUCGAGUACCGGUGACGAUGAUCGGGAGUCGAAUACUAUUGAGGAUGUGCAGAAGUUGUUGGAUGCCGGUGUGCAGGUUGUGAUGUACUUUGGUGAUGCUGAUUACAACUGCAAUUGGCUAGGCGGCCAAGUCGUUGCCGAAGAGAUCAACGCACGCGGCUACAAAGACGCUGGCUUCGUCAACAUUACAACCUCGGACGGUAUCGUGCACGGCCAAGUCCGUCAAAGCAAUCUAUACAGCUUCGUGCGCAUCUACGAGUCCGGCCAUGAAGUGCCCUUCUAUCAACCCCUCGCCGCUUUGGAGCUAUUCGAGCGAGCCCUCGCAAGAAAGGAUAUCGCCACGGGUAAACAUUCCGUGACUUCGCAUGGCGGGUAUAAGACCGAUGGAACUCCCACGAGUGACUUCCGGGAGGGUAAUAGCACGAUUGUGAUGGAGGUGCUUUCGAGUGAUGCUACGUAUAACACGACUUUGAAUGGACCGAAUCCGUCGACUUCGAGCAAGGCGCGGAGGGAUGUUUCGGCUCAGAGCAAGAAGGCCAAGGCUGUUCGAAAGGUGAGGCGGUCCAUGGGGGGAAGACGGUUGGUGUAA